UUCUGAGAUCACAGUUUAAGCAAGGGCUUUUCUAUCAUGGUCAAUAAUAAUAUCAAAAUCACAGGACACUGACUUUUCUUAUGCAUUCGUUUAUUCUCUCUGCAUGACGUUUACCGGCUAUUUAAGGACGCCCAAGAAAGCCUUUCUUUAUUUCGUGUUGACAGCUCAAAAAUCCGCUGAAGCGGUUUGAAGUGAUGCAACAUGGUAUCGCGUAUGGUCAAUCGUUUUUUCUCGUUAAUGAGGAGACCCACCCGCGACCAGAGACGCGGGUUUGAUUUCAGAACUUUGGACGAAAGGACUGUCGACCGAGCCUCCUCUUCUUUUGUUAUAAAGGAGAGUAAAGGAAAGUCGGAAAGCGAUGGACAUGUCGAUCUUCACGUAGUAAGCCCGUUUCGGAAUACGGGAAGUGGUCACGGUAGUACCAGGGGUCGAAGAAGUCUUGUGAAGUCGGUCGCCAUUGGUUUGGGACUUGCCGGUGUAGCUCUUUUAGACAUUAAGAAUUGCGAAAGAGUUAGCGAUGGGAGAGCCUCUCUGUCAGGAUCAGUUCUUGACCACAUCCUACGAUCAGCCCAGUGUGCGUCUCCCUACAAACCUGACAGCCCCCGGUACAAAUACAACUUCAUUGCAGAUGUAGUUGAAAAAUCCACCCCAGCUGUCGUUUACAUUGAAAUCAUCGGCAGGCACCCGUUUUCUGGAAGAGAUGUCCCUGUGUCAAACGGCUCAGGUUUCAUCAUCAGUAGUGAUGGUCUUAUUGUCACCAAUGCCCAUGUUGUGGCCAACAAAAGAGGGGUACGAGUUAAACUGACCAAUGGAGAGACAUACCAAGCCACCGUACAAGAUGUUGACCCAGUGGCAGACAUUGCAACUAUCAAAAUCACUUCCAAGCAUCCUUUGCCCACUCUCACCCUUGGUCGGUCAUCUGAUGUUCGACAAGGGGAGUUUGUGGUUGCGAUGGGCAGCCCAUUUGCACUCCGGAAUACAAUAACAUCGGGCAUUGUGAGCUCAGUGCAGAGAGGCAGUAAGGAACUUGGCCUGUCCAACUCCAACAUGGAUUACAUCCAGACAGAUGCUGCUAUCGAUUUUGGAAAUUCUGGAGGUCCCCUGAUUAACUUGGAUGGUGAAGUCAUUGGUGUAAAUACCAUGAAAGUCACUGCAGGGAUCUCCUUUGCCAUCCCUUCGGAUCAUUUAAGACGCUUCCUUGACAAAGCGAAGGAGAAAAAGAACUCUGGGUUUGGUGAAGCAGAGACCAAGAGGCGGUAUAUCGGUGUGAUGAUGUUGACCCUGACACAGAGUAUCAUUGCCGAGUUGAAGCUGAGAGAUCCCACCUUUCCAGACGUGACACAUGGUAUCCUAAUCCACAGGGUCAUCACAGGUUCGCCGGCCAACCGAGCUGGCAUGCUACCUGGAGACAUUGUAGUGGAGAUCAAUGGCAGAAAAGUUAACACCUCAGAGGAGAUCUACCAGGCUGUCCGUAGCAGCAAUAACAUCACCAUGGUGGUACAAAGAGGACAAGAGUUGCUCAGGCUGCAAAUAACCCCCGAGUACACUGAGUGAGACUAAAAUCCCCUGGAUUUUGAUGCUAAACUACUAUGGCUCAAUGAGUACUAAGACACUGGAGUCUGUGUACACAACAAGAGACUGGGAGACUUGAUAGUGGCCUGACCUGAAGAAAAUGUUUAAUUAAACCAUAGAUAAAUGUUAUUAUUACUGUAUGAUCAAAUGUUUUUAAUUGUGAAUUCCUUAAGAAUAUGAACAAUGUAACGUUUUGGUUUCAUACUCUUGACUUAAGUGAGUUCUGACAAAGGUGCACAUGGCCCGAUUUUAGGUAAAGGUGUUGUUUUAAGCCAUAUUUAAUGGUUGAACAGUGCAACCAUAACAGCUGUAGCAGCAUGGAAUAAACUGGCAGUAGGGUGACAAGGAAGACCAGGGUUCAACCCUGUGAAAGCAAACAUCCUCUCUGUUCUAGUGUCCAAGAGCAAUGCCUACAAAGCUCAGGUGGUGCUGUUGUGAAGCAAGCUGUUUGCUUCAUUUGCAUUUGUCAGGAGACUACAGAAAAUCACAAAUGCACAAUAAAGGGUGGGUUAUCAAAUUUGAGUACUUUUUUUCUUGUCUCAUACAGUUCUAUAAGGCAAAACUAAAGCUUAAAGAAUUGCCUCUUGCU